AUGAUCAGACGAUUUUUCUGCUCCCCCGCAGCCACCAACACCUAUGAGAAAUCUCUCGAGUCUCUACUGCGGGCAUCGUUAGGAGCAACAUCAGCUAAGGUCCAAGAUGUAUCAGGAGGAUGUGGGUCGAGCUACAAGGUCGAGGUCCACUCACCCAAAUUCAUUGGCCUCACUCGAAUCAAGCAGCAUCAAAUGGUGAAUGACGCUCUGAAGGAUGAGAUCAAGAAGUGGCACGCGAUCACCAUUAUCACUAAGCCAACUCCUCAGUGA